AGCCGAGUUUCAAGGCGCCCCCUCCUGCGACGGAGGAGAAGGCGGUGAACAUCGGGGGGAGCCUGGAAACUGUCCCGGGCUGAGUGAUGAGUGUUCUCCUGCGGACCGCACUGAGGGAGAAGAAGUCCACCAGCCAGGACUCAGGCUCUAAUAACUAACGUCUCAUCCACAGACCGAACUUUUCUGGACUCUCGUACCGAGGAUAAAGUCCGGAGUAGGUCGGGAGACUCGGAUCCUGCACAUUCAGCGCAGCCCGGCGACAGACCCUCACCGAGUCCUCUGUCGGUCUUUACGAGUUGAAGUCAGAGGAGCUGGAGGAGUUUUAAUGUUCAUCCGUCAGAUAGAAAUGUUGAAGUCACUGGCGCCGGACCGGAUCCUGAAUAAACGUUUCCCACCAUUUUCCUGGAGAGUUGUGGAAACUGCUGUGGAACAGUGAAGGAAUGCAGCAUUAAAGGGUCCUUACACGGAUUUUUCCUCUGAAUCAGCAGCAGCGCCUCAGGAAACAGGUUUUAGUUGUUUUUAAACCGUUUUCUGCUGCUGGUGAUCAGCUGGUCUGAGGGAGACCUCUGAGGCUUGUGGAAACUGUUUCUGUUUCUCAGGAGUUGUAUCAUCCGUCAUGGCGAUGGGGAGAGGCUGGUGGUGGAUUUGGGUAAUGGGCUGCUCUCUGGUCUUUGUGCUCCUCCAGCCCUGCAACAGUCAGUAUGAGAAGGGGAUUUCCAUCCCAGAGCACGGCUUCUGCCAACCCAUCUCCAUCCCCCUCUGCACAGACAUCGCCUACAACCAGACCAUCAUGCCCAACCUGCUGGGACACACCAACCAGGAGGAUGCUGGGCUGGAGGUCCACCAGUUCUACCCACUGGUUAAAGUCCAGUGCUCCAUGGACUUGAAGUUCUUCCUGUGCUCCAUGUACGCCCCGGUCUGCACGGUUCUGGAGCAGGCGAUACCUCCCUGCAGGUCGCUGUGUGAACGGGCUCGUCAGGGCUGCGAGGCGCUCAUGAAUAAAUUUGGGUUCCAGUGGCCGGAGAGGCUGCGCUGCGAGAACUUCCCGGUCCACGGUGCUGGAGAGAUCUGCGUGGGUCAGAACACGACCGAUGCUGAUGGUCCUACAUCCGAUCCAACCCCCAACCUGCCUGAGCUUGUGACCCUGCCACCGUAUGUCUGGACUAACCAGCCCUUCUCCUGCCCCCGGCAGCUCCAGGUGCCCACCUAUCUCAACUACCACUUUCUGGGGGAGAAGGACUGCGGCGCCCCCUGCGAGGCCUCCAAGCCUAACGGACUCAUGUAUUUCCGAGAGGAGGAGUUAAAGUUUGGCCGGCUCUGGGUCGGUAUCUGGUCCAUCCUGUGCUGUGUGAGCACCCUCUUCACCGUGCUCACGUAUCUGGUGGACAUGAGGCGGUUUCGAUACCCAGAGAGACCGAUCAUCUUCCUGUCCGGCUGCUACUUCAUGGUGGCGGUGGCCUACACCACGGGCUUCCUGUUGGAGGACAAAGUAGUGUGCAUUGAUAAGAUGAAGGAAGAUGGCUACAAGAUGGUGGCCCAGGGCACCAAAAAAGAAGGCUGUACCAUUCUGUUCAUGAUCCUCUACUUCUUCGGCAUGGCCAGCUCCAUCUGGUGGGUGAUCCUGUCCCUCACCUGGUUCCUGUCAGCCGGGAUGAAAUGGGGUCACGAGGCCAUCGAGGCCAACUCGCAGUACUUUCACCUGGCGGCCUGGGCGGUCCCAGCAGUGAAAACCAUCACCAUCCUGGCCAUGGGGCAGGUGGAUGGAGACCUGCUCACUGGCGUCUGCUACGUGGGCAUCUACAACGUGGACGCCCUGCGGGGCUUCGUCCUGGCACCGCUCUUCGUCUACCUCUUCAUCGGCACUUCCUUCCUGCUGGCGGGCUUUGUGUCACUCUUCCGUAUCCGCACCAUCAUGAAGCACGAUGGCACCAAGACGGAGAAGCUGGAGAAGCUGAUGGUGCGGAUCGGUGUGUUCAGCGUCCUGUACACGGUACCGGCCACCAUCGUCAUCGCCUGCUACUUCUACGAGCAGGCUUUCCGGCCGCAGUGGGAGAGGACGUGGCACAUGCAGACAUGCAAGCGCUUCGCUGUGCCGUGCCCGGGUGGAAACUUUGCACCAGUGACUCCAGACUUCACCGUGUUCAUGAUCAAGUACCUGAUGACCAUGAUCGUGGGGAUUACGUCCGGCUUCUGGAUCUGGUCGGGGAAGACGCUGCAGUCGUGGCGCCGAUUUUAUAAGAGACUGAGCAACAACAAUCAGGGAGAGACGACGGUGUAGAGCUGACGGAGGAGGCUGAGUUUAGCUCUACGUGUUUACUCAGACUGACAGAGGAGGUUUGGAGCCUUUGACUGAGCCUUUUGUUCACAGAGAGGACAGAUGGCUGCUCAGAGUCCUGGUUUCAAACCCUCACAGAGGAGGAUUCUGAUGGACCACGUGUUUCUGCACUGCUACGAUGCGGUCUUGAAUGACACACCCACCUGUAGCGCUUUAAUGUGUCACACCUGUAGAAUGACUGAGCCUCUGAUGCAUUCAGGUGACACUUUUUUUGGUGACGGUCUCCUGGAAAAGAAACGUGAGACAAAUUUGACAAAUGUCAUCAUCAGUUAAUCUGCUGAUUAAUGGUUGAGUCAAUGACAGUGACGCCUUCACGUGUCUUUAACAGUCGAAACCCAAAGAGAUUCAGUUGGAAGAUAAAAUAAUAAACAUUUCAGGUGUAAUUAGAACACAUACUGCAACAACAGCAUCAGUAUUUACAACCUAAUGACAUUUUCUUUCCAUGAAUCUGUAAAAUGAUGAGACCUGUUAAAAUAAAUGGUUUAUUGUGUUUCUGCUCCUUUCCUCUUUAUUCUUCAUCUGUUUAUUUCUGCAACACUGCCUCCUUUAUAACUAAACUGUAAAUAUAUUCUCUGAGAAGAACUUAUGUAUUUAUAAGAGUUUAAAAUCACUUUUUAAACAGCGUUUGUCUCUUUUUUGUCUCGAUGCUACAUGGCUUAUACUUGUACAGUUUUUCAAAAUAAAAUGCUUUAAUUUUUAA